CCUAUGUCUUAGUAUAGGCAAUUAAAUGAAGGAGAUGCUCCACUCAUAAAUAAUCCAUAAAUCAUUACAGGAUUUUAAAUACUUCGUUAAAGUGUAGAUUUGGGAUUAAGAUAAAAUCAAGAAGCUCGUAAAAGUUCUGUAAAAGCAGCAGCAUUAGUUUCUAGAUAAAGUUAAAUGUAUUCCUAAGCAAAAGUAAGGGUUAUUUUUAAAUUAAGGAAAAAGGCAUGACUUUAAAUGAAACAAUUGUGAAAUAUGAUGCUCCAACAUAAAAUAAACAAGAUAUAUUAAAAAAAGCAUAAAACAAAGGGGAGGAUUAUAGGAACAUGGAUGAACAUAAAGUUGAUGUCAUAGCAUUAUCAUAAAGGUUAGUUUCAUUUAAUUUAUUUUAAAUAGAUAUGAAACAUCCUUAACAGAUGGAUUAACUUAAGACCAAGCUAUUGCAAAAAACAAAUAAUAUGGUGAUAAUAAAUUAACUGAAAAAAAAAAGAAGCCAUGGUGGAUUAAGCUCUUAAUUGAAAUGGUUCAACCAUUUUCAAUUUUACUUUGGAUUGCCUCAAUUAUGUGCUUUGUCUUAUAUGGAGUUAACCCGGACGCUUUAGGUGCAAAAUCUAAUUUAUGGCUUGGUAAAUAUAACAAUCUAUUCUAAAUAGCUAUUAUCCUUAUUGCUAUCAUUUUAUUGACUGGUUCUAUUACUUACAAUUAAUCUGCAAAAGCUGAUGCAUUAAUGGAAGGAUUUAAAAACUUUUUACCAUAAAAAUGUUUAGCAAUAAGAGGAGGAGAGAAGGUUGAAGUGCCAGCAGAGAAACUUGUUCCUGGUGAUAUAAUAGAAAUAAAGAUGGGAGAUAAGAUUCCAGCAGAUGUUAGAAUUAUAUAAUCUAGAGAGAUGAAGGUUGAUAAUUCUGCAUUAACAGGAGAAUGCGAUCCUUUGUUAAGAGUAACAGAAUUAACAAGUGAGAAUCCUUUAGAAACAAAGAAUUUAGCAUUUUUUGGUACUUUAUGUAAGGAAGGAUCAGGAAAAGGAUUAGUAAUAUAGAUAGGUGAUAAUACUGUAAUGGGUUAAAUAGCUGAUUUAGCAACAGGUGGAGAGACUCCUGAAACACCUUUAAAUAAAGAAUUAAAGAGAUUUGUGAUAUUAAUAUCAUGUAUAGCAGUAGGAUUAGGAAUUUUAUUUUUAAUAUUAUCAUUAGUGGUUGAAGAAGCAUCAGUUGAUACAGCAGUAGGUUAAGCAAUAGGAAUUAUAGUGGCAAAUGUACCUGAAGGUUUAUUAGGAUGUAUAACAGUAUCAUUAGCAAUAACAGCAAAAAGAUUGGCUGAUAAAUAAGUGUUAGUUAAAAACUUAGAAGCAGUUGAAACACUUGGAUCUACAAGUUGUAUAUGUUCUGAUAAAACAGGAACUUUAACAUAGAAUAAAAUGACAGUAGCAAAUGUUUGGUAUGAUGGAUUAAAGAGAGUAGCAUUGAAUAGAUAUAAACAUGGAAGAAAUACUGAAUAUGAAUAUGAUAUUAAUGAUCCUACUUUUAGAGAUUUACAUGAUUGUGCAAUAAUCACAAGCGAAGCUAAAUUUAAUAUAUAAGGUAAGGAGAAAGCUAAUUUAAAUUGGCUAGACUAACCUACUAUUGGAGAUGCUUCAGAAACAGCUUUGAUUAAAUUCUUUUAACCUAUUGAAGAUAUAGAAAGCACAAGAUAAAGAAGAUAAUUAGUAGAAUUAUCAGAUAAAUCUUUAGCAAAAAUGCCAUUUAAUUCAACUAAUAAAUUUUCCUUAUGUAUUGUUAAUUGGGAGACUUAAGAUUCAUAUUAUUGUGUUUAUAUAAAAGGAGCACCAGAAAAAUUGUGGACAUUUUCUAGUUAUUUAUUAAUUGAAGGAAGAAAUUAACCAAUAGAUGAAUAAAUUACUUAGAAAUUCAAAUCAGUAAAUAUUUCAUUCGGUAAAGGAGGUGAGAGAGUUUUGGGAUUUGCAAAACUUCAUUUACCUAGAGCAGAAUUUUAAAAGGGUUUUAAGUUUAAUUUAAAUUCAAUUGAAACACUUAAGUUUAAAUUAGAAGGAUUUACAUUUUUAGGAUUGUUUUCUUUAAUGGAUCCACCAAAAGAAACUGUUCCUUAAGCUAUUAAGAAAUGUUAAUCAGCAGGUAUAAAGGUAAUAAUGGUGACAGGAGAUUAGCCACCAACAGCAGGAGCUAUAGCAAAAUAGAUAGGAAUAAUAACAGGAAAAACAGUUGAUGAUUUAUUAGAUGAGAAUCCAUAGAUGUCAUAUGAUGAAGCAUUUAGAUUAGCACCAGCAAUUGUUAUACAUGGUGAUAUGAUAGUCUAAGCCAUGGAAGAAGAAGAUUCAAGUAAAGACAAUUUACCAGAAGAGAUGAAAGAUAGAAAACUUAAAAGUUGGUGUAGUAAACCUUAAGUUGUAUUUGCACGUACAUCUCCAGCAUAAAAAUUAAUGAUUGUUAGAGCUUGUCAAUAUAUUGGUCAUGUAGUUGGAGUAACAGGAGAUGGAGUUAAUGAUUCACCUGCGAUUAAAUAAGGAGAUAUUGGUAUUUCUAUGGGUAUAAGUGGAUCUGAUGUAACUAAAGAUGCUGCAGAUAUGAUUUUAUUAAAUGAUGAUUUUGCAUCUAUAGUUGAUGGAGUUGAAGAAGGUAGAAAAAUAUUUGAUAAUUUAAAAAAGACAAUAGUAUAUCUAUUAACAUCAAAUAUUACUGAAGUAUUUCCUUAUGUUGGUGAGAUAGCAAUAGGAUUACCAUUACCAUUAAGUAAUGCAUUUAUUCUAACAAUAUGUAUUGGUACUGAUAUUCUUCCUGCUAUUUCUUUUGCUUAUGAAGAAGCAGAAAUAGAUAUUAUGACUAGAAAACCUAGAAAAAAGGAUGAUCAUUUAGUUUCAUUUAGAUUGAUUACUCAUGCUUAUUUAUUAUAAGGAAUUAUUGCAACAUCUGCUGGAUUCUUUAGCUAUUUUAGUACUAUGAAUGAAUAUGGUUUUCCUCCAUAAUUACUUUUAAGUUUUAUGAAUACUCCAUAUUAAUCUAUUCCUUGGCCUUCUAUUACUCUAGCAAAUGGAUAAUCAUAUUCUCCUCCUCCUACUACUUGGGUAUGGGAUCUACCAAAUAUGAAUAAGUAAAUCUAUUUCUUAUUAAAUUUUAGUCCUUUUCUAACUACUUAACCAUAUAGUCCUGAUUGGCAAUAAGCUCCACUUCUUACUGUUCCUACAGGAGGUGAAUAUAACUCAACUAUUGGAUUCUAAAGUAAUCCUCUUAAUUGGAUCAAUCCAGAAAUCAUUUAUUAUGAUCUAAGAUACAUCUUUGUCUAUUAUGAUUCUUCAUACAAAAGAUGGUUCCCAACAUUUGAAGAAUGGCAAUAUCAAAACUCUAAUAAUCUCUGUAGAUAUUAUGAUAGAUCUGAUUCCUUACUUGAAGGUAACUCUUAUCCUAUUAAUACUAAUGCUUGUUUUAAAACUGCUGCUCUUAAAUAUGCUUAAACAUCAUAUUUUGUUGCUGUGGUCCUUGUUUAAUGGUCUAAUGUCUUCUCUUGCAAAUGUAUAUAGUAUUCUUUUAUUACUAGAACGUAAAAUGUCUUUAAUUUAUUCUCCUGUUAAUAUUGUCAUGUUUUAUGGUGUUAUCCUUGAAACCAUCAUUUUUAUAUGUAUUGUUUACAUACCUGGAGUCAAUACUUGGUUUGGUGCUAGACCAGUUGAUAUUUUAAAUCUAGGGUUUUAUUUUAACAUUUAUCAUUAGAAUGCCUGGACUUCCUUACUCUAUGUGUCUAUUCUGUUGGGAAGAAUUAAGAAAAUAUUUUAUCAGAAAUUAUGCAAAACCUAACAAAUAUGAACUCAAUUUCUUUGAAGCCCAUUCAUUAUGGUGACCUUUGUCGGUU